AUGUAAAGCAAAAUCAGAAUAAUAUCUGAGCAUCAACAAAACAAAAAUGAAUAAAUGUCUUAAGAUGACUAAAACGACUUUGGGACUGUAUGUUUGGGAUAGAGUUCAUAAAAUUAUAUAAAUGGGGAUAAAUAUAACUAAUAUGAUUAAGAAAAUGAUUUUAAUCAAUUUACAGGUAAUCAGAACUCUUCAAAGUCCUAAAAAGAUGAAAAAUUUGAACAAUAAUAGGCUUUGAAUCAACUUUAAGCCUAAGAAGGUUCUAUGCAGUUUAAGCAAUAAGUAGAAAAUCUAAGCAAUUAAAAUUCUGGAGCAAUACCUAUGGAGACGAGUUACAAUCAAUAUUCAAAUAAUUUUCAUGAUAAUUACUCUAUUUAUAAUUGUCAACAAUUCAAUUCUUAAACCUAAGAAUAAGAUUAAACGAGUAUUUAAUAUCGAGAUUAUGCACCUGAAACCGUACUAGUUUAAAAUUGCACUUCUAAUGAAGAGACUAAUCAACGUCAAGAAUUGAAUAUUUUCGAAAGAUAUUAUGAAAAUGAACUAUGUUCCUAUUUGCUACCAAUUGAAUCAAAUUAAGCAAUUUAAUAGGAAAAUGAUGGGGUAAAAGAUUAUUUCUAUCUAGGUGAUUGAAUAUGAGUAAAGUAAUUUAUGGGAUUCAGAUGAAAAUGAUUAAUAAAAUGAGUAGGAAUAACAUGAGUAGGAAAUUAUCAAUCCAAUGAAUGUUGCAAUCAAAAAGAAAAAAACUAAAAGGGGAACUCGAAAAAAUAAGAAUAAGAAUAAGAAAAUAAAUGAGGCAUAAUAAGAAGAGCAACAACAAAAUGAGUAAGAGACAGCAUUAGAGUAAUAGUUUAUUCAAGAAGUUAAUCUAGAAAGUACCAAUCAAUUUGAUAAUGGUAACAUUGAAGAACUUGAUGAUGCUGUUAGUGAGGAAUUUAGAAUUAAUAUUACAAAUUUUUUAGAACAAAUUGAAAAGUCUAAAAUAAGUUUAACUUAAACUAUCUAUAGGGAUAAGGAGAAGUCUAUUAAAAUAAUAGAAAUUAAUGAUUAAGAAAAUAAAAUUUAAAGAUUGUGCAAAUAAUUUUCUAAUCUAAAAUAUUCUGAAAUUGCAUAUUCAUUGUAUUUGAUAGUUGACUUUAAAAAUUGUCAAGAGUUUCUAUAAAGUGUGAAACCUAAAGGAGAAAAACUUAUCAUAAAAGAAAUCAAUCAAUUAAUUGAAGAUGAAUAAAAAGCUAAAGAGAGCCAAGACAAAGCUGAAUUAUCUAAAUCACAGAUCAAAAUAGAGGAAUUUAAAAAGGUUAACUAAAUUGAAAAUGUUGAAGGAUAAUCUUUGUAUCAAACAGCCAUUAAAAUAAUAGAGUUAAAGAACUUUAAAUUCGAUAUUAAAAAAGUAUUAUUCCUCUAUAUGAUAGUGUGAUUAAUAAACCAAAGAACAAAAAAAAAAAGAUUUCUAAUAAAAUCGUGAUCAAGUCAUUGCAAUCAAUAAUCAAAAGGCUAAAGUAAUAAAAUAAUAUUAAAGUAAUAUUUUUUUUAUUGAAUUUUAAAGCUUGCCACAUCAAUGAAUAGUAAUGUAAUUAGCAAUUGCAAUAAAUAAAAGUGGAGAAGAGAAAGUUAGAGAAAAUAGGUAAGCAAUUGUUCCUUGAUUUAAUGGUUAUUGAAAACGGAUUUUGCAAAAUUGAUUUUCACAAAUUUUUUGGGGCUGAAAUUGAAAAUCUUCUUGAUGGAGUGUUUGAGAAAAUCGAAUCAUACAAACUCUGCAACUAAUAAAAGAAACUAUCAUUGUAAAUAAUUGUUGGCAAAGGUUUAAUAUUUAUAUAAGCUAUUAGGAUUACAUUCUAAAAAUUAAUAACCAAUCAUAGGUCCAAUUACAAAAUAAUAUUUAUAACAGUACCUUGAAAAAUAGGUCGAAAUAAUAGAAGGGAAAAUAGAUGUAAUAAUUUGA